ACAGAGCGUCUUGUCCGGCCCGACAACGAACCGCCGCUGCGAUACGACGCACUCUCGUACACAUGGGGAGACCGCGACCACGCCUUCACCUUCAUCUGCAACGGAGGCCAAGAGCUGCAGAUCCACAAGAACCUCCACGACGCGCUGCCGUAUCUCGCGAGGCGCAGGUCGUCGCUGCCCAUCUGGAUCGACGCGCUGUGCAUCAACCAGGCCGACGAGGCCGAAAAGGCGGAGCAGAUUGGCUUGAUGCAUCACGUCUAUCGGCAAGCGGACAUGGUCUGCAUCUGGCUAGGCCCGCGGCGGCUCGGGCAGGUCAUGCCGGAGCUCCACGCCCUGCGCCGCGCCGGGGAGGAGCGUGACCCGGCCGAGUUUGGUCUGCCCGGCGGUGCCGACCCCGCCUGGGCCGCCCUCGACGAGCUGGCCAACAAGAAGUGGUUCUGCCGCCUGUGGGUCGUGCAAGAA